AGCCUGGGGGGUAUUAACCACGUUAAGAGGGAAUAUUAAUUUACGAUCGUGUUCAAAAACUCCUCAAGUGUUUUUUCAUAUUUUUUCUACUUUUUUUUUCGUUAUAUAAAGUUAUGAAGUAUAACAGACUUUUUUCCCGGUUGUUCAGACGCGUCAAGACACAUCGUUGAUUUAACGGUCGCCGGAAAUUCAUGUUGAUGUGAUGGACUAUUACUUCGUUCUGGUGAGGUCAAACCCUAAAGAAGGACAAGAUCACGUCAAGAGCUUAAAGAUCCCUUACGAAGAUCGUAAGGGUGCCAAAGCAAAUUCGUACUACGUGGAAAGAGCCUUUGCUCGUUUUGUUUUGUUUUGUUUUUCUUUUAUAUUCAAAAAGCCAUAGACCACGGCUUGCUGUGAUAGGCUUUAUUCUGACAGUUUCCACGAGGUCAUGAGGAAAAAACCGCACCGUGUUGUCACGCCAGAAAAUGGGACUACGCUUUUUAAGCUAGUGGGAAAACUGUUAAAAAUGAGCUGUCGAAUCACGUUUUAGGUCAGGUAUUAACUAUGGGGUCAGCGAUUAAAAAUGAACCAAGGUAUUAAAAACUUCUUAACAAGUUUGCCGAAAUAAGUAAACACAUAUCUCUACGGAGGAUGAAAUAUCCCUUCAGAGGAUCGUCUUUGUAUCCGAAAACUGCUGUUAUUUCAAGAGCAGCUUCUACGCCGGAAAUAUCUCUGGAAAACCGCAACUUCAUUCGAGAAAAUUCCACUAAGGAGAAAGACUCAUGCAAAAGAAAAUACAGCCGCCCACGGAGUGUCAGCUUCCACCCAAACAUACGACUGUAUUACGCCGCGACUACGAACGAUUUAGACGAAGUGAAGAUGUUGAUCGAGUCAGGAAUGGCUGAUGUAAACGCGAGUAAUCCGGCCGAGGGUGCUACGGCUUUACACGGGGCCUCAUACGAAGGAAGCCUCGAGUGUGUCCGGUACCUUCUAGAAAAAGGUGCCAACGUGAACCUUUCGGACGAUGAUGGCUGGACACCGCUACAUGCGGCAGUUUGUGGAAAGAAAAGGAAAUGCGUUGAUUUGUUGUUAAAAGCGAGCUGUGACCCUUUUGCUGAGACACUCGAUGGUUUAACGCCAUUUCAGAUGGCCAUCGAAAUGGGCAGCGAUAAACUACUCAGACAAUUCGUAAAGCGAUUUAGUUCUUUGAUGAAAGACGAAUCUGUUCGGGAGUCUUUGGUAUGAAUUUUACCGUCGCAUCUCUAAAACAGCUAAGAAGACAAGAGGGGUAUUUAUAUCCACCAUGUAGAAAAUUUCGUUUUUUAUCACAACUAGACGGGGAACAGUAUCAAAAAUUAAUUAAUUUGACGUCGGCCUCUUCUGAGUUCAAUAAAAAGAUUUAGCUGCAUUUUUCUGCACAAUUAUUUUUUUUUCCAUUUCUAACUCAAAAAAUAACCUUCCACUCAUAGCCUUAAUGGGGAACUUUCCACAAGGCUCGCAAUAAAGAGUACAUUUCACCAAACGGUGCUGUGCUUCAAAGUUAACACGUAGAUUGUUGAUGGUUAUCUUCGUGUGGUGUCGAAUAAUGCAGUCUGCUGUCAUUCACGAGAGAUGCACGCUUUGACAGAUCCUGAGCUAUUCAAAGUGUUUCAUGCGUGGUUAAUUCGUUGUAAUGGAGAGGUAUUAGACUAAAAUAUCACGACCUUUGUUAGUUCUAAAUCAUCUGGGAAUCAUUAGCGAUAAGUGGAACUCUUGGAUAGAGGCCCUCAAAUCGAUCACGGUCAAGUGUUUUCGCGAACCUGUAUACACGUUUGGAUUAUACACUCGAGGAAGGGUUAGCAACGACAUCGCAUGAGGGAAACAUUUUUCUAAGUCAGACACCAAGCAAACUUCUUAAAAGUGCAGCUGACGCCAAGUGCCACGCUGAGCCAUGAAUUAAGGUAAUAAUCGGUAGGAAAUUGAGUCUGCUUCACAGUUUAUCCGGGUCAGAAACAAGAUGAGAAAUAAAUCGGUUUUAACCAUGGUGUGAUGAGGAUAACGAUGACAAAGUUCAAGAGAACCGAAAGUUCGAGAUUCGUUGAAAAUUUCGGCUCGAAGAAUGCAGGAUAAAAAUGUUGCUUUCCGGAAGUGUAUUCAAUUGAAAUAAAUCAUAUUUUGACAUGUGGACAGAACGAAAAAAGAAAAAAAAAAAAGAUAGAGAAACCGCAGGAAAACAGGCCCGUUCGAGUUGGGGUUCCAAAUCUUGUCUCUUAGAUGACCUUAGAUACCAUUUAAGCGCUACUACCAACUGAGCUUCAAGGCCGCACGAUAGGAGCAAGUCAGAUUUUAGUGUCUCCUUUGUUAACCAUUAAGUUAAUGAAAUAAAGUAGAGAUGAAUGAGUAAA